AUGUCGGCUUCGUCUUCUACUCAAGCGCUGGAAUACCUUGAGGGUCUGCCUAUUGCUACACACAAGAGGCUGUAUGAGCAGCCGUCGACUGUGUUGGCGGUGUUCCGCUGCAUGCUUCCGCAUCUCGCCAAAUCUAUAGUCAUGGCGAUGCUUUACAGGUCCUCAUCCUUCCCCGUAGCCGACCUUGACGCCUGGUUCAAGCCUUCUGCUCGUAGAGAGAAAGAACAGGCGGUCUUUACCCUCGAACGUCUACACAUCAUCGCCUCCACGAAACAGGACGACGGUACCUUGUCAUGGACGAUCAGCACAGGCUUCCAAAAGAGCCUGCGAAACGCCCUCGAAGGCUCCGGCACACAUCGUUCGUUUGGUGUUCCAGCGACUAGAGAAGAGAGCGGCGGAAAGCGGUUAAGCAUAGACUUUCUAGACGAAUACUCGAGAUCGCAGUGGGAGGGUAUACUGUACUACCUGGUGAGCGGUGCGGCCGGACUCAGCAAGGACAGUAUCUCAAGAGCAGAAGUUGGCCCUGGAACGAAGAAACUGUUGCACACUGGAGACCUCGUGAGGACUGUGCAUGGGAGUCCAAGGAUCACAAAGGAUGGUUUCUCUUUUGUGCUACAAGAGACGAAUGCGCAGGUCUGGAGUUUGCUGAUUGUCUAUCUGAAGAUGACGAACGAACUCGGCAUGUCUGAAACCGAAGUCCUGUCCUUCCUCUUCAUGCUCGGUUCCCUCGAACUAGGCCAGGACUACUCCACCUCCACUCUCUCCCCCACCCAAUCCCAAAUGCUCGAAGACCUCUCCUCAAUGGGCCUCAUCUACCGCUCGGACAAGAACGCACGAACCUUUUAUCCCACGCGCCUCGCCACAACCCUUACCUCAGACUCCGGCAGCGCCAUGUCCGCUUCCUCCAACGACAUUGCGCAAGCCAACCAAGGCAACGCGGGCCCUUCGGCAACCGCAAACAAAGGCUUCAUCAUAAUCGAAACAAACUACCGUCUCUACGCCUACACAAACAGUCUGAUCCAGAUUGCUAUUCUCAGUCUCUUCACAAAACUCCAACACCGCUUCCCCAACCUCGUCUCCGGUAAACUAACCAAAGAAUCUGUCCACAAAGCCGUUCAAUCCGGUAUCACCUCUUCUCAAAUCAUCUCCUAUCUGACCACUCUUCUAUCCGUAGUCGCGCUAGCUGCUACGGCAUUGGGUGCUCCAAGCAGCUCUAUUGAGAAGCGCGCGCAGACAGUAUAUCUCGCGGGAGACUCGACAAUGGCGAGAGCAAAUGGUGUGACGACAGGCUGGGGCGUCUUCUUCCCAUACUCCGUCUCCCUCCCGGUAGUCAACAAAGCCAUCGGUGGCCGCAGCUCGCGCUCCUACACCGUAGAAGGCCGCUUCGACGAGAUUGUCAACCUUGUAAAACCAAACGAUAUCGUGAUUAUGGAAUUCGGCCACAACGAUGGUGGCGGCCUCGGAAGCGGCGACAACGGACGUUCAGUCUGCCCCGGUACCGGUUCAGAGACAUGCCAGUCCACAUUCAAUGGCCAAGCAGUUACCGUCCACACAUACCCUUACUACCUUACCGAGGCUGGCAAGAAGCUUAUCGCCAAGGGUGCCAAGGUCAUCGUGAGCAGUCAAACUCCCAACAACCCAUGGGAGAGUGGCAGCUUUGUGUACACCGAUGGCGGAAGGUUCGUCGGUUAUGCGCGGGAUGUGGCUAAGGCGCUGGGCAGCAAUGCUAUGUAUGUUGACCAUGGAGCGUACACGGCGAGCAUCUUCAAGAGCUUGGGCAAGGCGAAGACAGAUGCGUUGUUCCCGCAAGACCACACCCAUACCAGCCCAGCCGGUGCGGAUGUCGUUGCGAAGGCCUUUGUCAAGGGUCUACAGUGUGGAGGUGGCGGAUUCUUGGAGGGAUUCGUGAAGAACGCAACGGCGAGCAUUCCCGGCACUUGCUUGUAG